AUGACUGGCAGAAGGCGAACCCGAGUCCACAGAGCAUGGCUUCCGAUGACUGUGGCAGCGGCUUUUCUCCACCGUGGUCAGUCGGGAGACCUUGAACACAGCACCACCGGUGGUGGCCGUGCGGCUGUACAAGAUCAUGCCGUGGGAAGGCCUUUUGAUGAACGGGCUGACCAACCGGGCGGUAGCCCUGGAAGUGCUGCCGGCAGAAGCUCAGAAUCGGCAUCGCUUCUUGAGAAAUACACCUUUCGCGAGACAGUCAGGACGGUGAUAGAGGAGGACCAGUUGCCGGAGCUGCCGGACUUUCUCGAAGAAAUAGGCCUUGGUGACAAGCUUGAGGAUUUCUACCGGAAGAGUGUGUUCGAGACAAAGUACAUCUUUACGCUGAAUGACAUGGAUCUCCGGCUCAUGGGCUUGUCCCCCGCGGACAUCGCUACAGUCAAGCAACAUGCUGAAGAGCUUCGCGUCGAAAGGGACGUCACAGAAGAACGGCUGCACCCCCUCCUACAGAGGCGGAACGAGCUUACCUACGGCAGGCUGUUUCUCGACCGGUCAGCGUCGAGCUUUGAGUUUUACCUUGCAGGAUUCGGCCCGCCGGUUCCCGUGGACGAGGCUUCACUGAUCUGGGCCGAGCCUCGCGACGCCUGUGGGACCCUUACCAACUCCGAGCUGCUACCCGGGACAAUCGUGUUGGCCGAGAGGGGACGGUGCAGCUUCGUAGAUAAGGCGAACACAGUCGCAAGCAGCAACGCGUUGGCCUUGGUCGUGAUCAACAACGGUCCCGAGGGGGAAGACCUAUUCCGGGUUGCCGCAACCUUGGGAGGCCGUAGCGGGGGAGGGGAAGAGCCGAAAGGGCCCGAGAACAUGCCCACCGUGCUCGUGCGUGGCUCGGCGCUCCCGUCGCUGUCCAAAGCUCUGGAGUGGACCGCUAAUGGCGAUGGGGGGCCCGUCACGACACGACUGGUGGCUUUGGACUGCAAGCCGGGCAGGGCGGCCUGUGAAGCAGUGCUGCCGGAAGAGCAACAGGCCGAAAAACAGGUUGACUCCGGAAAAAUCACCAUCGUCUCCGGGUUACCAGCUUCACCACCAUCAUCGGCAGCACAAGGCGUCGACGCCGCCAAAGGGGCAGCGUUAUCUGCAAACGCUUCCGGGGCGUCGUUCGAGUUCCUCUCCGCCACCUUCGGGGCAACCCUUCCCCGGGGACACGUGUCUGUCGUCCCCUCCGUGCCCGAGGACGCCUGCCAACCCAUCGCUCCGCUCGCGGCCGUAAGCAGCAGCAGCGGUAGUACCGGCGACAGUAGCCGCGGUGGCCGCGGCGUCGGGGGCCGGGGUGGUGGCGUUGCCCCAGUCGCCGUGCUGGUGAAGAGGGGGGCAUGCUCCUUCGGUGUCAAGGCUAAGAAUGUCCAGGAGGCCGGCGGGAGGGUGAUCAUCUUUCACGACAACGGGCUCGGCGUGCUGCAAAACGUGGGGGCACCGGAUCCGUUGGCAAAGGAGCUUUUCAUACCCGGUGUGUUCGUUACUGCGAGGGCGGGAGACAGCCUUGUCGCCGCCAACAACAACAAUAACGGGCAGGAUGGCAAAGGAAUGGGGCCGCUGGCCGUUACAUUUGAGCCCGACAACGCCAUUGGGCGGGCUUGGGGCGCCCUGGGGGCGACGCAUUGGCCUAACGACCUCCUCGAAGCGCGGGUGUUGGCAAGGCAGCUGCGGGCAACCCACGCAUCGAGCCCUUGCCGAACGAAGUGGGUCGACGACAAGGUGCGGCGAGCGGAAGGUCUACCUACUGAUGCCGGGACCCCGUCAGACCAAACGGCAACUACGGUGGCAGCCACCGUGGCGGUCGCGCCGGAAGCGGGCGAGGCGUCCGCCGCUGCAACUCUUCCGCGAAAGACGGCAGCGGCGCUGAGAGACACGGGGGGCGUUGAGGAAAAGGCAACAACCCCUGAGAAACAGAGGCCAUCGACGAAGGAGGAGGAGGAGGAGGUGGUGGAGGAGGAGGGGGAGGAACGACGGGGCAAUUCAGAGCAAGAACCAUGCUCCUCGGAGGAAGUAUCACCUGAAGUCGCGAAGGGUGUGGAUGGUGUCCGUGGUGCGGCAAUGGUAGGAGGAGAUGGGGAAGGUGAAGUGGGGAGGGGCAGUUGUAAAGAGAAAAGGGAGGGGGAGGGGGAGGGGGAGCGACGCGGAGGUCUCAAAGAGCUCUGA